UCUUAUAAGUGUUUUGCUAUGCAAAGACAGGAAGAAAACAGAGCUUAGGUAUCAGGAAGAAGAAAGGGAAAAAUGAGAUGGCUUUGGUAUAAAUAGAGAAUUUCAACAGAGAAGUCCAGAUUUCACUAACCAAAGCAGACUAACUAAAGCAGAACAAGUAGGACCGGAGGUGGGGAAAGAAGUGGCUGAGAUUGAGUAACUGGGGAGUUUCUUAUUCUUUCUGUCUAGCAUAAUAAGGGACAUGAAAGCAGGGUACCCCCUGUUUGAAACCUGACUGCCCACUAGAAAGGACUGCCCUUUCAAUGAGUUUGAUUUCUUCUUCCACUGGAGGAAGAACUUAAGACUGGGAGAUUCAGCCUCCAUCAUGUGGAACGCCUCUGAUGCCAACUUUUCCUGCUACCAUAAGUCUGUGCUGGGCUAUCGUUAUGUGGCAGUUACCUGGGGGGUUGUGGUAGCUGUGACGGGCACUGUGGGCAAUGUGCUCACGCUGCUGGCCUUGGUCGUCCAGCCCAAGCUCCGUACCCGCUUCAACCUGCUCAUCGCCAACCUCACAGUAGCUGAUCUGCUCUACUGCACUCUUCUCCAGCCCUUCUCUGUGGACACCUACCUCCACCUGCACUGGAGAACUGGCGCCACCUUCUGCAGAGUUUUUGGUCUCCUCCUCUUUGUGUCCAAUUCCGUCUCCAUCCUCACCCUCUGCCUCAUUGCUGUGGGACGCUACCUCCUCAUUGCCCACCCGAAGCUCUUUCCCCAAGUAUUCAGUGCCAAGGGGAUAGUGUUGGCACUGGUAGGCACCUGGGUGGUAGGUAUGGCCAGCUUUGCUCCCCUCUGGCCCGUCUAUAUCUUGGUGCCCGUAGUCUGCACCUGCAGCUUUGACCGCAUCCAAGGCCAACCCUACUCCACCAUUCUCAUGGGGAUCUACUUUGUGCUUGGGCUCAGCAGUGUCAGCAUCUUCUAUUGCCUCAUCCACCGCCAGGUGAAGCAAUCAGCACGGGCACUGGAUCAGUACAGGCUGCGCCAGGCAAGUGUCCUCUCCAGCCACGUGACUGGGACAGAUGAAGCCAUGCCCAGUCAUUUCCAGGAGCUGGACAGUGGGAUGGCAUCAGGAAGUCCUAGUGAGGGGAUUUCGUCUGAGCCAGUCAGUGCUGUCACCACCCAGACUCUGGAAGGAGACUCGCCAGAAGAGGGGCGCCAGAUCAACAGCAAAGUAGCUAAGCAGAUGACAGAGAAAAGCCUUCCACAGGCACCUGCUGAUGCCAGGCCAACUAAAGGAACCCAAAAAAUUCAGGACUCUCCAUCAGAGUUUAGGAAGGUGACUUGGAUGUGUUUUGUGGUGUUCCUUUGCUUUGCCCUGAGCUACAUCCCUUUCUUGCUGCUCAAUAUCCUGGAUGCCAGGGUCCAGGCUCCCCGGGUUGUCCACAUGCUUGCUGCCAACCUCACCUGGCUCAAUGGUUGCAUCAACCCUGUGCUCUAUGCAGCCAUGAAUCGCCAGUUCCGCCAAGCUUAUGGCUCACUCCUAAAACGAGGGCCCCAGAGUUUCCGUAGGCUCCAGAGUUUCCACAGGUUCCAUUAGAGCUGUGUUCCAGUCACCAGAAUCUGGGACUUUUUCAUCCAGCACUAGAGUGGCCAAUUGGUAUGGGAGUAAAUGAAAGUAAGAUGUGUAAGCAUUUUCAUAGACGACCUCCCCCUAAACCCCAAACCAGGCCUCUCCCUUGCUGAAUGUCUCAGCCCUAGGCUCCUCAAGGUGUAUUAUUAAUUAUCAAUAAAAG